AUGAGCGAACUGAAGGACUGCCCGCCGCUCAAAUACUACGACUUCAAGCCUGUGGAGCACGUGAAAGUGUGUCCUCGCUACACGGCGGUGUUGGGCCGCUCGGAGGACGAUGGCAUCGGGAUCGAGGAGUUGGAUACGCUGCAGCUGGAGCUGGAGACGCUGCUGUCUUCGGCCAGCCGACGUCUCCGAGCGCUGGAAGAACAGAGACAGAUACUUACAGAUUGGCAGGACAAAAAAGGCGACAAAAGGUUCCUGAAGAUGGGGAAAGAAGUGGAUCCGGCCGCGUCCUCUCGUCAUCCCAAGCCUAAGAAGCCAAAGCUAGAAGGGAAGGCGGGUCACGGGCCCGGGCCCGGUCCAGGCAGACCCAAAUCCAAAAACCUGCAGCCCAAAGUUCAGGAGUAUGAAUUCAGUGAAGACCCGCAGGACAUACCCCGCAACCCCAAAAACGACGCUCCAAACAGAUUCUGGGCUUCAGUAGAGCCCUACUGCGCAGACAUCACCAACGAAGAGAUCAGAGUUCUUGAAGAGCUUCUUAAACCGCCUGACGAUGAAGCGGAGUACUACAAGAUUCCCGCUCUGGGGAAGCACUACUCUCAGCGCUGGGCACAAGAGGACCUGCUGGAAGAGCAGCGAGAGGGAGCGCGAGCCAACGAUAAGAAGAAAAGCAUGCUGGGUCCACUGUCCGAGAUCGACGCCAAGGACGUGGACGCCUUGCUGAAGAAGACUGAAUCCCAGCACGAGCCUCCGGAGGACGGCUGCCCGUUCGGACCCCUCACACAGCGCCUGCUGCAAGCUCUGGUGGAGGAGAAUAUCAUAUCCCCUAUGGAGGAUUCCCCCAUUCCAGACAUUCCAGUGAAGGAUGAUGGAGCCGGGACGUCGCCUCGCAGCCAGGGGAAAGCUUUCAGCGUUCCCCACACACGCUCUCUGGAGGCCCGGAUCAGGGAAGAGCUAGUGGCUCAGGGUCUGUUGGACUCAGAGGAGAGACUGGGUACAGGCGGAGACUCUGAGGACGAGGUGCUGGCCGAGCUCCAAAAGAGACAGGCCGAGCUCAAAGCUCUGAGCGCUCACAACCGAGCACGAAAGCAAGAGCUGCUUCGAUUAGCGCGGGAGGAGAUGAGGAAGCAGGAGCUGCGGCAGUGCGUCCGAGUGGCCGACAACGAGGUGAUGGAGGCUUUCCGGCGUAUCAUGGCCGCCAGGCAAAAGAAGCGCACUCCGACCAAGAAAGAAAAGGAUCAGGCAUGGAAGGCGCUGAAAGAGAGGGAGAGAAUCCUCAAGCAGCUGGACGGAUAAAGGAGGAAGCCGUGAACUUGAUCGCGUUUAGCGUAGAGUCACGGGGACCAGAGUUUUCAAACAAAACAGGUCUAACGUCAAGGGCUGGUUCUAGACUAAUCCUAGCACCAUGUAGAUGUAGCUCUAAUAACCCUUUUCCACCAAGACAGCGAUGGAUUAGGAGACGAAUUAUGAAAUAAAAAUGAGAGGUUUUUUUUGGUUGAUGGAUUGAGGUGUAGAAUUUUUCUCAUUAGGCUGGCUUUGACGAAAUAUUUUACCAUCCAUUGUCAAAACCUUCCGUAUCACUCUGUCUGUCACAGAUUAUUUCUUCCUCAGACGCAAGACCGUCGAUUUCUAUUUCUCUGCAGAAUUAAAUUCACGAAAUCAUUUGAAGACCAACAUUUCGUGGAAGUCAUCUACUAACGAAUACCACGACUCUCCGAGGGUCACUUGAGAAUCAAUGCACGAAAUUCGGGCGGAAAAUAAAACGCCAUCAUCUUUCGGACGCGAGACCGUUCUUAUUAAGAGAUAGAUCUUCCUAUUUCUAGCCUAGAACCAGCCCUGUACAUAUCCCAUUGAGCCACAUGAUGUGCACUAAGAAAUCGCUGAUACACUACUGUGAGGAAUCCUGUCACCACCACGACGCCGGGUCCCCGGACUUGUACGAAUCAGGUCUUCAGGUACGAGUGUCUGUUUGAUCGCCUGCGGCACCGUAACGUGAGCAAACAGGACCUUUGCUUUUGCGCUCGUAUCCUGACGUCUGAUGCAUCUGGAUCCUGGGGUCCCUUUACCAUGUUUGCCUUUUUUUUUUUUUUUUGUACAGUUUUCCGUAAGUAACUGUUACAGUCAGGUGAAAAAGUUGUAUUUUGGCACUGCAUGUGUUGCAUGUUCCUUUUCCUUAUGUUUCCGUUUUGAUUUCGAAUGCCGGAAUGUAAGAACUCAUUGGCCGGGAUAUUGUUCGCCCAUUUUUUUUGUUUUGUACAAAACACCAGGAUUUUGAAUUUUUUGUGAUUUUUAAAAAUAUUUUCCUUCUCAGUGCUGUUCCAUGCAAGCGAGAAAAAUAAAACAAACGUUUAACGAGA